AAUCAGUAAGUAAACACUCGAGCUGGUAGAAACACAUACCUACCUUCGAUCUUUAGUUGUUAAAAGUCGCGCGUUUGUUGCAGAACGUACGUACAAAUAAGUAAUAAGGCCUUUAGUGCUACGUGCAUCGUGAUUGGUCGUUUGGAUAAGAUGUGAUUAGCAGUUUCCGUGUUUGAGAGUUUUAGAAAUGAAGGCUGUGUUGGUACUAUGGGUUUUGGCCGUUUUUGAAACCACCACCAGAGCUGAGAGAGAUAGGAGACCUCCACAACCUCCAGUAGAAUGGCAGGGUUACUCAAUUGCAUUCCAUUUUCUCCUUCCACUAGCAGGACUCCUUCUUUUAUGGGGAAAACCUGAUCUAUUCAACAGGCUCCUAUCACAUGUGGACAGAAGUUGUCUUUCUGUCUUCUGUCCAUCCUUCAGCAAACGGCAAAAUCUACUAAAAUGGGCCAUGGAAAAUCUGCCCAACACAUGGUCUUCAUCAUCAAAAACUCUAUCGGGUGGUAUCCCAGAUCUGUGGAAAGAUGGUUCUCUCCUAUGUACACUCAUAAAUAUGGCGGUACCUGGUGCUUGUUCUAACCCUCCGAAACAUUGGAAGAAGUCUCCCACCCAUGCUCAAGCCUUGGCCUACAAGUAUUUAGGAGUAAUUCCCGUAUUCCAAGAAUCAGAUUUUAAAGAACCGUUGUCUCCUAAUCAAGAAAGAAAGUUCCUUCUCUAUCUCCAAGACUUACAGCAGGCUAUCAGAUCUCGUGGCAGCAGAGAUACGUGUACAAAAUUCUCUGACAGUUACGUAGCCAAAGGUAUGGGUCUUCAAAAUGGGGUGCAGUACAAAAAGACCACUUUUUACGUCUACUCCAACACCAACAACCCUAACUGCAACAACGUUCUGGUCUAUAUCAGAGGUCCAUAUGAUACCCAAGGCACUGCAACCAUCCCAGCCUUCUACAACUUAAAUCCUUCGCCAAUUUUGACCUCCCUCCACAGACAAUACCGGCCAACGGACAAGAUAAUCUUCAAAAAAGAGGCGAGAAAGUCCUUCCUCAAAUCCAUAGCCCUGGACUUGUCCUCUCUGGUGAAUUUCGAUAAGAGAUCUACGUCAAACGAUAUAUCUAUUCAUGUGGAGAUGGAAACAGAUAGAGCCAAAGUUAGUUACAUACCUUUAAACUUCGGUAUUUACGAAAUAAACCUUAUAACUGAUGGAGAAAUCUUAGCCAACUCCCCUUUCACUGUAAGCGUUAGCGAGGACAAUUCUGGAACCAGAGACUCUUUCGAUACAACUGAGAAGAUCUUGGAACAGUUACCCAAGUUGAAGAAAAGGAAAAUAGUUGCUAGGUUCAUCGAUUGCAUAAACGAGAAGAUUUUAUUGGACUACGAUGCAAACGAAACUUUGUCAACUUCUCGUGAAUCCAGACAUGAACUUCCUUCAACGUUCUUCACAAAUGAUUUAGAAGACAAUUUCAAAGAAGAAGAUAAAUCACUUGAAACUGAUGAAAAAUUUAUUAAAUUCUCUGAAGAUAACCUUCCUCCCAUUUUGACAGUUACUGAGCACGAAGAAUUCGAAAGCACCUUUUUAUUGAACGAUGACCAAAUUGGUAGCUUGAGCGAAUUGAAGUCCCCUAAAAUUGUUAGAAUUGUUCAAGCUGAUACUGAAACCCCAAUCGAUUCUCUCGAAAUAUACGAAGAGCUGGAAGAACCCAAAUCAGAUUCACCCUUAUCAAUUGAAGAAACCUUCGAGAUUGUAACUAGUGAUUGUCCCACUUCCGGCUCUACACAAAAUCUGUCCCACUUUGAAAAAACAGCUCUUGAAGUUACCAAGGUUUCUGAGGGUUCAAAAACUGAAGAUCUUGUUCAAAAGCGACCAACAUCAAUCGUCAGUCCUUUUUUAAUAACCCCUAAGUAUGACGAGAAAUCUAAUGACGUGAGUCAAGAACCAGCAACGAUCGAAGAAGAAGAAGAAGAAGAAACUCUGGAAGCUUUAAAUAACAAAAACACUGACCUGAACCACAAUUCCGAAAAAACCCCAGAAAUCUCAUACACCCCAAGGAAGUUGAUCUUGAUGAGGAACAGCAUCAAAAACAGUUAUGUUGAAAGACUCAAAGCCAUACUUGUCAACAAACUCACAGAAUCAGAAAAUUCGAAAACGAUAAAAAACAUAGUGAACACUAGUAGCAAACUCAGCCGUAUGAAGGAAACGCAACAGGACGAAAAUAACAACUCCUUCGAAAAUUCAUUCCUUAGAGUUACUUCCCCAAUAUGCCCUAACCAUAUUGUCCCAGAAGUAGAAGAAGAAAGCCCAUUCAUUCCAGUCUCUGAAAGAAGAAAAUUGUUCGCCAGACAAACUCACCUAUCGCUACCAAGCUCAAACAACUCUUCAUUUUCUGAGAAGGAAAAUGAAGAUGUUGCGAAUGAGUUAAGUGACAACUGUAGUCUCAGACUUCUCAGCGUUAUAGACACGAUCAGGAAAUCUACAAAUUUGAGCUUGAACAGAACGAUAUCCAACAGCACGCCCAAUAUAUCCACCUCCAAGAGCUUCAGCUCGAUGGGAAGUAACUCUGAAGGGAGCAAAGAUAGUAGAUCAUCUUUCAUCGAAACCAGAAAAUAUUGGCUGAGUUUAUCAACUGAGAACUGUUCAAACAUUCCUUCAAAAUUCCUCAAACACGACAAAUUGGAACCAAGAACGUUACUAAACGCCUCGAAGGUUUUCAGUGAGAAAUAUAGAUCGGCCGAAGAUGUCACAGCAAUUUCUAGGAUGAGUUUCAACAGAAAACUGAAGAAAUAUUCUUCCCUCAAUCAGAAAGACUUCGAAGCCAUCGAAUUCAUGAGUUUGGAAGAGAGAAAAAAGAUCCUUUUGCAAGAUAAAUAUGAGGAGGAGAAGAAAGCUACGAGAUUCGUCAAGAGAAAUGUAAUUGUUAACAAGAACACCGAAAUCACAAAUGACGACAAAACAAAAAGCGCACAAGAAAUGCCCGCACAAGUAGAGAGAAACGCCACAAUGUCCAACAACUACCCAGAAAAAAAGAAGACAGAAGAAAUAAAACCACCCACCCAGUUCAAGAAAGCAAUCACCUUCUUCAAGAACCUAGAAAAUUCCAACCACCAAAAGAGAAAGCUGCCGUUAAGACCUAAGCCUGAGAUCAAAAGGAGGUUCUCCUCGGAUUUUAUAGAGAAGAAGAAAAAAGACAAAUCUAUAAUUGGUGGCAGCUUGAGGUUACCAAAAACUUCGGAGAAAUUUUCUGUUGCUAGGAUUUACUUCGAUAUCAUGGAAAAUAAGAGAGGAAGUUUCAGGGGUACACCAAACAGAGAAGCACUGUCUGAAUCUCUAGCCUCCUUGACUAGCCGAACAGAAGAAAUCUUGGAUAAAUCUGAUGGUCCCAUCGAACUGAGCAUGUUUAAGAAUAAGGUCAAACCAAGGAAGAGGAAGAGUUUGAAAAGUAUUUUUAAUAUUCACUACUGAGUUGUUGAUUGUAUUCGAUUAAAGUUAUAUUUAUUUAUUAA